AUGCAAAUUCUCCAACUUCUCGCCUCUGCCGCACUCCUCGCGGGCUCCGUCCAGGCCCAUGUGCGCCUCACCGCCCUCAACGGUGAUACUGGCUGCGUCCGCCUCCCCCCCAAUAAUAGCCCCGUCACAGAUGUCACCUCAGACGAUAUCAUCUGCAACGUCGACGGUGCCACUCCUGCCGCCUCAGUCCUCGACGUCGUCGCGGGCUCCAACGUAACCGUAACAUGGGACACCGGUGCUCACCCGGGCCCCGAGCUCGCCUACCUCGCCAAAGUCGACGACGCUAAGACAACGAAAAUCACGGGCCUGUCAUGGUUCAAGAUCUACCAGGCCGGCUUGGAGGGCAGUGACUACCACUGGGCGUCUGCAGACGUGAACGCAGCAGGAGGACUAUUGGAGUUCACCAUUCCCGCGAGUAUCGAGAGUGGACAGUACCUACUCAGGGGAGAGACGAUUGGAUUGCAUGUGGCGAGCACGUAUCCGGGGGCGCAGUUUUAUAUGUCUUGCGUGCAGAUUAAUGUCACCGGUGGCGGGAGUGCGACCCCUGCGGGCGUGUCCUUCCCGGGUGCGUACGUUGGCUCCGACCCCGGGAUCACCCUCAACAUCUACUACCCCCCCCUCACCAGCUACACUCCUCCUGGCCCGGAUGUCUACUCUGGAUAA